AUGCUGGAACGAGAUGCAGAGUCCGCCGCCGGGGACACCGAUCCUAGUCCCACUGGCAAGGAACCAGUAACCAAGGGAGAAGCUCCCCCCCAGGGCUCAACGCAGAAGCCCAGCCAGUCGGUUCCAGGGCCUGCCUCGUCCGUGGGGGUGCCUUCCCGACCCCGUCGGCGGCCCCCACCCCAGCGCCCACACCGCUGCCCUGACUGUGACAAGGCCUUCUCCUACCCGUCCAAGCUGGCCACGCACCGGCUGGCACACGGUGGCGCCCGGCCUCAUCCGUGUCCUGACUGCCCCAAGGCCUUCUCCUAUCCCUCCAAGCUGGCAGCCCACCGCCUCACACACAGUGGCGCCCGCCCACACCCGUGUCCACACUGCCCCAAAGCCUUUGGCCACCGCUCCAAGCUGGCAGCCCACCUCUGGACCCAUGCACCCGCCCGCCCCUACCCGUGCCCCGACUGCCCCAAGUCCUUCUGCUACCCCUCCAAGCUUGCAGCCCACCGCCACACGCACCAUGCCACCGACGCACGCCCCUAUCCAUGCCCGCACUGCCCCAAGGCUUUUUCAUUCCCCUCCAAACUGGCCGCCCACCGCCUCUGUCACGAUCCCCCGACAGCACCGGGCAGCCAGGCCACAGCCCGGCAUCACUGCUCCAGCUGCGACCAGGCCUUUGGCCAAAGACGCCUCCUGCUCCUUCACCAGCGCAGCCACCACCAGGCUGAGAGCCAGGGGGAGCGCGAGUGA